AUGAAACCAUCAACUUUUACUACUGCUUCCGUUAACACUACCAGUACUGCUAAUACUUACAUUAACACACCAUCAUUAAAACUAUCUAGCGCAAUUGUUGCUGGUACAGAAGCAGGAGAAUUUUCCGACGCUAUUACAAUUUUAAUAUCACCAAGAUUUAAUGAUGAUAAUACGAUGCAAAAUGUUACCAGGGGUAAAUUAAAGGUCCAAGAAGUUUCUAAUACCGUUAAUGCUACUACUGUUACAAUCACAAAAGCAAGCAAAAGAAAAGCUUUGGCUAGUAUUGGUAAAGGUAAUGUCGAAUUUGAGGAUGCAGGUACUGGAUCACAACAAGAAUUCGUUGAUGCUUCUGCUACAACAAAAGGAAAGGAAAACUAA